GACCCUAGCUAGCUAAUUCUGCUCCAAUGGGGAAGACACGAGCCAGAGAUCACAUCCCAUUGGGUUACCGUCUCCAAUGGGGAAGAUCCGACGCCGGGGACUUUCUUGCGGCGGAGGAGAUUAGCUCCAGGGUGGACGUGGAAGUGGUCACCGAGAGAGAGCGAGAGAGAGAGAGAGAGCAGAAAUCGACAUGGGCAUAUUUUCAAUGAACAAAAGAAAUAAUUCAGCUCAAUGGUCCCACCAUGCCUUGAUUCCGACAGUAUGGCUCAAUCGGCUGGUUAUGAUGAGAUAGAGUCACUGGGAAUUGAGCUAGCUGAGAGAGGAAGUAGUUUGGGAUCAUCGUUCCAGCACCAUACCUCUAGUUUCAGAAGCAUUGAGAUAGAGCCAGUGGGAAUUGAGCUAGCUGAGAGUGGAAGAAGUUUGGGAUCAUCGUUCGGGCACCAUACCUCUAGUUUCAGAAGCUGCUCUGGUUUGACCUCUGUGAAGGAUGACGAUAAUGAAUUUUCCUUACAGUGUGCUGAGAUUGACAAUCUGCCUACAAUUGAGAGGUUGAGAUCACCUUUGUUUGAUGAUAAUGAUGGGAGCAAUGUUAAGGGAAAAAGGGUUGUCGAUGUUAAUAAGCUUGGUGCUCUAGAACGACAUAUGUUUGUUGAGAAACUCAUCAAACACAUUGAGAAUGACAACCUUCGAUUGUUACAGAAAAUGAGAACAAGAGUAGAUGAGGUUGGUGUAGAAUUGCCGAGAGUGGAAGUGAGAUAUAGCAAUCUACGAGUGGAAGCAGAGUGUGAGGUGGUUCAUGGCAAGCCUCUCCCGACUCUAUGGAAUUCACUCAAAAGCAUUAUUUGUGACUGUGCUAAGCUACCUGGUUUGAAGUUGCAGGAGGCCAAGAUAACCAUCAUUAAUGAUCUCAGCGGUAUUGUUAAGCCUGGAAGGAUGACUUUGCUCCUUGGUCCUCCAGGAUGCGGAAAGACUACUUUAUUAAAAGCACUUUCAGGAAAUCUGGACAAGUCUCUCAAGGUUGCAGGGGAAGUUUUAUACAAUGGAUACAAACUGGAAGAGUUCAUUCCCCAGAAAACUUCUUCUUAUAUAAGUCAAAAUGACCUACACAUGCCUGAAAUGACUGUAAGGGAAACACUUGAUUUUUCAGCUUGCUGUCAGGGGGUUGGAAGCCGAGCAGAGAUUAUGGUUGAGGUCAGCACAAAGGAGAAACAAGCUGGAGUUGUUCCAGACCCAGAUAUCGAUACUUACAUGAAGGCAAUUUCUGUAGAAGGACAAAAGACUACCCUCCAGACUGACUACAUGUUGAAAAUUUUAGGACUUGAUAUCUGUGCCGAUACGCUAAUUGGAGAUGCCAUGAUAAGAGGUAUCUCAGGUGGUCAAAAGAAAAGAUUGACUACAGGUGAGCUGAUUAUAGGUCCUACAAAAGCUUUGUUUAUGGAUGAAAUAUCAAAUGGCUUAGACAGUUCUACGGCGUAUCAAAUUGUUGCUUGUCUUAAACAGCUAGCACAUAUAUCAAAUGUUACUAUACUUGCGGCACUUCUUCAACCAGCACCAGAAAUCUUUGAUCUCUUUGAUGACAUCAUCUUGAUGGCAGAAGGGAAGAUUGUGUAUCACGGACUUCGUCGUCAUGUUCUAAAUUUUUUUGAGGAUUGUGGGUUUAGAUGUCCUGAAAGGAAAGGGGUUGCUGACUUCCUCCAAGAGGUAAUAUCUAGAAAAGAUCAAGCACAAUACUGGCACCAAGCUGAACAAUCUUGGAGUUACAUUUCCGUUGAUUUGUUUUGCAAGAAAUUUAAGGAAUCUACUUAUGGGGAGAAGUUAGAUGCAGAGCUAUCAAAGCCAUUUACGAAGUCUCAGUGCCAUAAGAAUGCCAUUUCGUUCAGCAAGUAUUCACUUUCUAAAUGGGCGCUCUUUCAAGCUUGCAUGUCAAGGGAAUAUCUUCUCAUGAGGAGGAAUUCAUUUGUUUAUGUAUUCAAAUCAUUUCAGAUUGUUAUAAUAGCAGUUAUGACAAUGACUUUGUUAUUGAGAACUCAAAUGGGUGUUGAUGUCAUUCAUGCAAACAAUUAUCUGGGUGCUUUGUUCUUUGCUCUCGUGGUUCUUUUUUUUGAUGGGUUUCCGGAGUUGUUCAUGACUGUUACAAGACUUGAUGUCUUCUACAAGCAGAGAGACUUAUACUUCUAUCCAGCAUGGUCAUACGCAAUCCCGUCCACAAUUCUCAAAGUUCCUCUUUCAUUGUUUGAAGCUCUGAUUUGGACUUCUCUUACUUAUUAUGUGAUAGGAUACAGUCCUGAGCCUGGGAGGUUCUUUCGACAGUGGAUUCUACUUUUUGCUGUGCACUUUGUUGCAAUAUCCAUGUUUCGUUUCGUGGCAUCUGUUUGUCGUACCAUGGUUGCUUCUGUAGCAGUCGGUAGUAUGUUGAUAUUAUCUGCCUUUUCAUUUAGUGGCUUUGUUAUCCCAAAAUGUAAGGUUCAUCACCUCUUUCAAAUUGAAGUUUUGGAAAGUUAUUGGGGAAAACAAAGUUCAAACCUCUUGUUGCUUGCAGCCUUUAUGCCAACUUGGUUGAAGUGGGGAUUUUGGGUUUUCCCAUUGAGUUAUGGUGAGAUAGGCCUUGUUGUAAACGAAUUUCUUGCUCCAAGAUGGCAAAAGACACUUUCAGGGAAUACGACAGUAGGGAACGAAACACUUGAAAGCCGUGGACUUAACUUUAGUGCAUAUUUCUUCUGGCUAACACUUGGUGCUUUACUUGGGUUUGCAAUACUCUUCAACAUCGGGUUUACCUUGGCUUUAACCUUCUUAAACUCUCCUGGUUCUCGUGCUAUUAUUUCAAAUGAAAAGCUGUCCCAGAUUAAGGAAAGUAAAGAUUCCUCCAAUGGUGCCGAUAAAUUAAGGUCAAAGAGCUGCCAGAAAACUGGGUCAAAACCUCAUAAAGAUCGGCUUGUUUUACCUUUCAAGCCCCUAACUUUAGCAUUUAAAGAUGUUCAAUACUACGUUGAAACUCCUUUGGCAAUGAAAGAAAGGGGUUUUACCCCGAAAAAACUCCAACUACUCUGUGAUAUUACUGGUGCGUUAAGGCCCGGUGUUCUUACAGCAUUAAUGGGUGUGACUGGAGCUGGUAAAACAACUCUUUUGGAUGUUAUUGCUGGAAGGAAAACUAGUGGCACCGUUGAAGGAGAUAUUAGAAUUGGAGGAUAUCCUAAGGUUCAAGACACUUUUGCUAGGAUUUCGGGUUACUGUGAGCAAAGUGACAUUCAUUCCCCACAAAUUACAGUGGAAGAAUCCGUCAUUUAUUCUGCUUGGCUACGUCUGCAUCCUGAAAUUGAUUCUGAAACUAAAUUUGAAUUUGUGGGAGAGGUCCUGGAGAUCAUUGAGCUUGAUGAAAUAAGAGAUUGUUUAGUUGGCAUGCCAGGUGUUAGUGGUUUAUCAACUGAACAGCGAAAGCGGCUUACAAUAGCAGUGGAAAUUGUUGCUAACCCCUCCAUUAUUUUCAUGGAUGAACCUACAACUGGAUUGGAUGCACGAGCAGCUGCAAUUGUUAUGCGGGCCGUGAAGAAUGUCGCUGAUACGGGAAGAACAAUUGUUUGCACCAUUCACCAACCAAGUAUUGACCAAUUUGAAGCAUUUGAUGAGUUAGUUCUAUUGAAAUCUGGCGGACAUAUUAUCUAUUGUGGACCAGUGGGUCACCAUUCAAACAGUGUCAUCAAAUACUUUGAGGAUAUCUCUGGAGUUCCAAGGAUUAGAAGUAAUUACAACCCAGCAACAUGGAUGUUAGAGGUCACUUCCACAACAACAGAAGCUAAUCUUGGCAUCAAUUUUGCCCAAGUUUACAAGAAUUCUGUCUUGUAUCAGAACAAUAAAGCACUUGUGGAUUCUCUAAGUACUCCUUCCGAUACAGAAGAGUUGCAUUUUAAAACCCGCUUCUCACAAAAUACUUGGGGACAGUUCAAGUCCUGCCUUUGGAAACAAUACUUGUCUUACUGGAGAAGUCCUUCGUACAACUUGUUGCGCUCCAUGUAUUUGUUGUUCACAUCUUUGCUUUAUGGUAUUCUAUUUUGGGAUCAAGGGAGGAAAAUAAAUAACCAGCAAAGUCUUUUCAAUAUUCUUGGGGCAAUGUUCUCUGCUGCAAUGUUCUUGGGCAUAAAUAAUUCUUCGUCAGUUUUACCAUAUGUGUCAACUGAACGAUCAGUUUUCUACCGGGAAAGGUUUGCAGGAAUGUAUGGCUCAUGGGCUUAUGCACUUGCUCAGGUCACAAUUGAGGUUCCAUAUCUCAUGGCCCUAGCAAUUGUUUUCUCGACCAUCACGUAUCCGAUGAUUGGGUAUUAUUGGUCAGCUUAUAAGGUUUUAUGGUACUUCUACGCCAUAUUUUGUACAUUGAUGUACUUCACUUAUCUUGGAAUGCUGAUUGUUGCAAUUACACCAAGCUUUCCAAUAGCGGCAACUUUACAGUCACUGUUCUACAUGAUUUUGAACCUGUUCGCUGGUUUUUUGAUUCCUCAACCACAAUUUCCCAAGUGGUGGCUCUGGAUGUAUUAUCUAACCCCUACAUCUUGGACCCUAAAUGGGAUGUUCACUUCACAGUAUGGAGAUGUCCACGACAAGAUUAUGGUGUUUGGUGAAACUAAAACCGUAUCUUCCUUUUUAAAAGAUUACUUUGGGUAUCACCAUGAUCAAUUACCCAUUGUGGGUGUUGUUCUCACUAUUUACCCCAUUCUUUUUGCUUUUCUAUUUGCAUCCUGCAUAGAGAAGAAAAAUUUUCAGAAGAGAUGAAUGUUGUCAAACCAUUUGAUUUGUACUUCAAAUGAACAGAUUGUUACUGUAAUGACUUAUGGACUUCAUAUUAAGA